AUGUCAAACAGAAAUCCUCCUUCGCCACUAGAUAUUCUCCAGCUACCCCCAUUAAAAUCCCACCCAGUGCUUUUUGCCCGGAAGCUUCUCAUGCUAGGCGCACUCUUACAGGCUAUUGUCCCUUCUUCCCAUCAACAAUUAGACAGUCGCGGUAUCUCAUGUGCGGGACUAUUGUCCCUCGUCGUUGAAAGAGCCACCAGACUCGUCACCACCAAUGAUGAACUCGUUCGCUCUGUUGAAGGUCUAGAAUGCAUUAUGAUUGAGGCACAGCUUCACAAUUAUUCUGGAAAUCUUCACCGCGCUUGGCUAGCGACACACCGGGCAGUUUCGAUUGCCCAGAUUAUGGGACUGCACCGCGGCCUCAACUCACCGUCUCUCAAGUUCCAUGAGCCUGAGACUCGAGCGAAUUUCGACCCGAAACACAUACUGUUCCGCAUUCUCGAGAUGGAUCUCUAUCUUUCAUUAAUGUUAGGACUACCCAACAGUUCACUUCAAGCCCCCCUGGCUGCGCCGAAGGCGUUGGAGGGAUGUCUUCCUAUCGAGCGGAUCCAGCGUAUUCACUAUGAAGUCUCUCGGCGGAUACUUCAAGGCAGAAAUGCGGGAAUAAACAGUGUUGAAGAGACUAGUGAGAUUGAUCGGAUUUUACAGAACACAGCUGCCGAAAUGCCGCCUCAGUGGUGGCUAAUGCCAUCGUUUGUGGUAGGGAAUUCUGAUGAAAAGGAGCUUUUCGACGAUACAAUUCGCCUCAUGGUACAAUUUUCUCAUUACAACCUAAUAACAAGGCUACAUCUGCCUUAUUUGAUACGCUCCUUGGCAGACCACAAAUACGAUUGCAACAUGAUUACAGCCGUCAAUGCAAGUCGCGAGAUCUUAUCCCGCUACAUAGCCUUCCGUUCCUCAAACCCAGUCAAUUUCUAUUGCCGCGGAAGCGACUUCCUAGCAUUUGUUUCCAUUGUUGUCAUAUGCUUUGCCCACAUUGGCUCACAUAGCCAAGACGACCAUGCCAUCCAAGCCGAGAGAAUGGGCUUCAAUAUUCUUGCACACAGUCGUCUCAGCGACCGAGGGAUAAUGGAGCGUACCCUCGCAGUUCUCCUGUCAGUGAGCAAUGGUCAGCCAGACUCAAUUGUCUCGAAGCUCAGUCACUUGAUCAGACAUCUACUUGCAGUUGAGUCAGACGCGGCGGACGGAAAGCUAUACAGCAUGAGCACCUCCGUCUGCGAUGAAGGAGACGAUGAAUCGGUCGUGAAGUCAAAUAGCAACGGCAAAGUCUUGCGCAUCCAUAUUCCAUAUUUCGGGACAAUCAAUUUCGAGCCCGGGGCUGGUUCAAGUUCUGUCUCGAGAACUUCUUUACAAUCUGAAUUACACACUUCCACUUGGGUUUCAGAUGUACUGCUUGCCGAUCAGCUAGCGGAUAGCAGUUAUGGGCCAUGCAGCGGUGAUGUUUGUCCAUUAAUCCCCAAUACGCACUUAUCACGAUUACAGAAGGGUCGACAGUCCUUGAAUAGCCCGGAAGUGGCCCUGGGUGAAUCACAAGGACCUACUUUUAACAACACCAGUCCUUUUCAAGAGCAAACUCUGAUGGCUUCUGCCUCUCUGGACACAUAUUAUGAUUGGGACCUACAGGGUAUCGAUCUAGCCCUUUUCGAUGGCCUCUUUGGCAACGCGGAUAUCCCGGAUGUUGAUAAUAGGGUAAUUCCGACCUUGGCAGGAAAUGAAUAG